AUGGAUAUUUUCAACUGCCAAUACUGCUCAGUGUCUCCUUUCGAUUACAUCUUAGAUUUUAUCUAUGGCGAGAAGCCGCCGAAAAAGGAGGAAAAAAAAAGUUCCAAUGUGACGUACGACGAUAGCACCAGUAAUAACGUAUCUCAGGCUUUGUCCAAAGUAGGAGAUCAAGUGCAGAAAAGAUCCACUAAUGAAAUUUUGCUCCUAUGUCGAGCAUGGGAGAAUUACGUGCACCCCAGGGCCAAGGAAUACUGGAAGGAUUCCCAGCAACUUCAAAAUAUUUUAUGCAAAAUUGCAAACGGCAUCACCAAAAAUGACGACCCCAUUUUGGGAGAUGACUAUGCGUGUGUCUUCUGGUACGGGGAUAAGAACAAGAAUGACAACUGCCCCAUCAUAUCGGUGAAAAAGGGGAAUGACAACGUGGAGACCAUCACGUAUGUUAACCGAGUGCUCAUUUUUCUGUAUGCAGACGAAGCCAGCUUUCAGGAGCUGCAGAAGAAGCCGAAGAAGGCCUUUACGAUGGCGUGCGGGAACAUUAACUGCAUCAAUUUGACGCACAUUUCUCUGGACGAUUAG